AUGUCUUCCUCCAACACCAACAACAACGGCCCCUCCACGGUCCAGUCUUACAUUGACUCCGCCGUCGGCACCGUCCAGAGCGCCAUCGGCAACCUGACGGGCAGUGCUGGCCAGGAGAACGCCGGCGACGCCAAGAAGGAGGGUGCCAAGGCCGAGUACGACGCCUCGCACGCCACCGUCAAGGGCCCCGGCUUUACCGCAUCGUCGGCCGGCGCUGUGACGCGCGACGACCCCGACCGCGCCACCGGCAGCUGGAACCAGACCAUUGGCUCGGCCAAGGAGGCCAUUGGCGGCCUUGUCGGCUCCGAGUCGCUCAAGUCGGCCGGCCGCGAGCAGAACCGCUCAGGCCAGGAGCAGGAGGCGCGUGGCCAGGUCAACGACUUUGUCUCGGGCGCGGCAGACCGCGUCAAGGGCACCAUCGGCGGCGGCGUUGCAAACCUCACGGGCAACACCGGGGCCGAGGCUGAGUACCAGAGACAGCACGAUGUGGGCAAGACGCAGCAGCGCGGCGCUGAGGUCGACAUCCAGAAGCAGUCCGAGGCGGAGCGUGCUCGCCGCGAGUAA